UACUUUUGAAGAAGCUAAUACUUGCAUGCAGUCAACGUGUAGCCAAAUCGCUGAUCACGUGUGAAAACUUUCGUAUCAUCUGAAAAAAGGGGAAAGGAAUAAAAACCUGAAUGAAAGCCAAAAAAAGGUCCUACUAAAACAGAUUUUAGAUCAAAGGAAGAAAAACAAUGGCGUCUAAUCUGAAGCCAGCGUUUGGCUACACGAUUGUUUAUGUGAAGGAUGUAGCCAAAUCCGUAGAUUUCUACGCAAAAGCCUUUGGUUACAAUGUUCGUCGCUUGGACGAGUCUCACAGAUGGGGAGAGCUGGAGAGUGGGCACACCACUAUUGCCUUCACUCCACAACAUCAACACGAGACCGAUGACCUGACCGGUGUAGUCCAAGUCCCAAAAUCUGAUCGCCAACGACCCCCAAUGGAACUCUGCUUGGUUUACUCAGACGUUGAUGCUGCAUUCAAGCGGGCGGUGGAGAAUGGAGCGGUGCCCGUGAGCCAGCCAGAGCACAGGCAGGAUUGGGGACAGAAGGUGGGAUAUGUGCGUGACAUUGAUGGUAUGACAGUGAGAAUGGGAAGCUAUGUUCACCCACCAAAACAAGAUUGAAUGGAACUAAAAUUAAAUAAAACAUUUUUUGCAGAAGGGACGUUUGUAACCUUUGUUAAAUCAUAAUUUAUGCUCUAAGUUUGUUGUGUCUUGUACUGAGACCGGAUA